AGUGAAGAAAAAAACAAACCCGGAAUCGCCUCUUGUUGGUAGAUUCUUUGCCAUACAGCGGCGUUGUAUUCGGUACACAGGAAGAAAGAAAAAUCGAAGAAAACAUUGCCUUCAUAGCAGCAAAAUCGUCAGCAUCAGGCGCGAGUUGAAAACUCUUAGCGAUUUGUUCGAAUACCAUUGGUUGAGCUUCCUAUAAAUAUCAUAAUCGCCAAAAGAGGCUCAGCUUUUCCUUAUAUAUAUAUAUUGCUCGUGUUCCUUUUAAGCUAGUUUUUUCUCUAUAUUCAGAUAUCAAAAGAGUGUGAUGGCAGCAACAUCCGCGACUACCUUCUCGAUCGGAUCGGCCGUCUCGGUAGGAUGCAAGGGGAGCCGAUUUCCACAAACAAAACCUUCGGCUGCAUGGUUCAUUUCCCAGAAUUCACUUAUGAGUUUCGGUGGCCUCAAGGCAGCAACAUCCAUGAGUUAUGAAACAGAAGCCUCUUUCGUUGGCAAGGAAAGCAGCGCUGCUCUUCGAGGCUCGUUUACGCUGAAAGCUCGGAAGGCAAACCAGGGGUCUCGUCGUGGCCUACAGCCCAUGGCAUCGUACAAAGUGGCUAUACUUGGAGCUGGAGGAGGGAUUGGUCAGCCAUUGGCACUUCUAAUCAAGAUGUCCCCGCUAGUUUCAGCCCUGAACCUCUACGAUAUAGCUAAUGUCAAGGGAGUUGCUGCCGAUAUCAGUCACUGCAAUACUCCUUCUCACGUUCGGGAUUUCACCGGUGCUUCAGAAUUAGGGGAUUGCCUGAAAGAUGUGAAUGUCGCGGUUAUCCCUGCUGGUGUUCCCCGAAAGCCUGGUAUGACUCGUGAUGACCUCUUCAACAUCAAUGCCAACAUUGUGAAAACUUUGGUUGAAGCUGUUGCUGAUAACUGUCCCGAUGCCUUCAUCCAUAUUAUUAGCAAUCCCGUCAACUCCACCGUACCGAUUGCCGCUGAAGUUCUGAAGCAGAAGGGUGUUUACGAUCCCAAGAAGCUGUUCGGGGUCACCACAUUGGAUGUUGUCAGGGCCAACACCUUCGUUGCUCAAAAGAAAAACCUUAAGCUCAUUGAUGUGGAUGUUCCAGUUGUAGGGGGACAUGCUGGUAUCACCAUUUUACCACUGCUGUCGAAGAUGAAACCUUCUGUUAGCUUUACCGAUGAAGAAGUGGAGCAACUAACUGUCCGGAUUCAAAAUGCCGGGACUGAGGUCGUGGAGGCAAAGGCCGGUGCAGGAUCUGCCACUCUGUCCAUGGCCUAUGCAGCCGCAAGAUUUGUUGAAUCAUCACUUCGGGCUUUGGAUGGAGAUGGUGACGUCUAUGAAUGCUCUUUCGUGCAGUCUGAUCUGACUGAUCUUCCAUUCUUUGCAUCUAGGAUUAAGCUCGGAAGGAACGGGGUUGAAGCUUUGAUUCCAUCCGACCUCGUGGGAUUAUCCGAGUACGAAGAGAAGGCACUCGAAGCUCUUAAGCCGGAAUUAAAGGCCAGCAUAGAGAAGGGAAUGACAUUUGUGCACAAGCAACCGAUUACUGCUUAAAAACUCAAGUUUCCGACGCAUCGAAACUCGGCUCGAGAGAGAUAAUAAGGUCUGAUAAUUUUGUUGUGAAUCUAUACCUGCAUCAGUUGAUUUCAGUUUUGCAGAUGGAAGUUUUUUUUUCUCAGUUUUCUUUUUUCC